UGACUGAACAGCUGAAGGUCAACCUGGGUCGGCUGUUCAGUCAGCCACGAGCGGCGGCCUUUUAUAUAUAUAGACUGUUUUGAUAAAACAAGGGGAGAUUUUCCUGUACAAAAUGCGCGUCGCGAUGCUGAGGCAUGCUAGGCAGGCGUCGUUUGGACUGCAGUUCCUGAGAGGCCAGGUGAACCGAUCUCUUCCUGUCUCUGCAUCUGGAUUCUCCACCUCAGCCCCUCUGUGUGACAGUGGGGACAGCCAACCCAAGGUGUACGAGCUGCGCACCUAUCACAUCAAACCCCCCCUCUUCUGGGAGUUCAUGGAGAUCCUGGAGGAGAAAAUCCACCUCCGCAUGCAGCUGAGCAAACUGGUCGGCUUCUGGAGGUACGACUUUGCGCACAGGACGGAGGUUGGGAAGGCGCGGUCGGCACACACGGGGUGGAUGAGCACGCUGAACAAGCUUCUGCCGACAGUGGAGAGUCAAGACAACGUCCUCCUGCUGCCCCUGCCCUGGAGCCAGCUGAAAUACCCAGAAACAACAGGAGGUUGUUAUGAGCUGCGGUCCUACUGGAUGACCCCAGGGUCACACCUGCAGGAGCCCUUCAGAAGAACCAUCCAGGCUCGCGCCGCCUUCAGGUACGCAGACCUGCUGGGAGUCUGGAGCAGCGAGUUCGGCGAGCUCAACAGAGUCUACAUGCUGUGGCACCAUCAGGACUUGGACCAGAGGAUGCUGGGAAGAGCCAGAGCGGCCCAGGACCCUACAAUUAUAGCAGCCUCCCGAGAGAGUGCCCCAAAUCUGGUUCACCAGUGGUCCAAGAUCCUCCUGCCCACUUCUUUCUCACCCAUGAAGUAGCAACAUCAUCAUCACAAUCAGCAGUAUCUUUCAGCAUCCUGCAGAAUCUUGCAGCAGCAGCAGCUGUAUCAUCAACAUCAGCAUCAUCAUGCAGCAUUGGCCAAAGCAGGAUCAUCAGUAUCUUGCAGCAUCUGCAGCAUCAGAAGCAUCUUCAGCAUCAGCCAUAUCAGUAGCAUCUGCAGCAGCAUCUUCAGCAUCAUUAGCAUCAACAGUAUCUGCAGUAUCAUUAGCAUCUGCAGCAGCAUCAACAUCAGCAGCGCUUAUUCUUGCAGCAUCAGAGGUGGCAGCAGCGCCUGAUGCAUCUGCAGCAUUAGCAGCAGCAUCACCAUUUUCAGCAGCAGCAGCUGCAGAAUCAUCAGCAUUUGCAACAUCAGCAGUAUCUGCAGCGUCUUGCAGCAGCAGCAUAAGAAGCAUCUGCAUAAUCAGCAUCAUUAGCAUCAUUAGCAUCUGCAGCACCUUUCUGCUUUGGCCAUAGCAGCAGCAGCAUCAGUAGCAUCAUUCGAGUAUCUGUAGCAUCAUUAGCAUCAUCAGCAUCAUUAGCAUCAUCAGCAUCAUUAGCAUCAUCAGCAUAUGCAACAUCAGCACUAUAUGCAGCAUCUUGCAUCAGAAGCAUCUGCAUAAUCAGCAUCUGCAGCAUCAGAAGCAUCUGCAUAAUCAGCAUCUGAAGCAUUGGCAGCAUCUUGCAUCUUCAGCAGCAUCACAAGCAUCUGCAGAAUUAGCAGUGUCAAGUAGCAUCAGUUGCAUCAUUGGUGUCUGCAGCAUCUCAGGUCAGAACCAACAUGGUUGUCCAUAAUCCAGUGCCAGAUCUUUGGCUGGAGCUAUUCUGCCUUGCACAUCUUUUUUUGCCUUUACCUAUUUUUCUUUUGGGAGUUAUUUUGAAUGCUGUUUUUUUUUUUGGUUAAUGCUGGUCAUCAGUAAAAAAAUGCAGCAUUUGUUAGACCUGAAAUCUGCAAAGCCUGGUGCAAAAUGGUAGGAAGAAAUGAAAAUGUAAGGACAAGCAAAAGACACAAUUCUGCUCUAGGUGAUCUGCGAGGUUCCUUAGGGGCACGCAUGGCCCCAGCUGGAAGUGGAAUUUGAUAGCCAACACCUUUUGUGGAAUAAUUAAAGAUUCUACAAGCCUCGAAUAUGUUCAGGAUAUCAAUGAAUUUAAUGUGGAAAUAAACUUCUAAAUCUUGUAGUGUACAUAUCAUGUCAUAAGCAGCACACAGAAUAUAAAUAAAAGGCAAUGUAAUGAUUGUACAAAUCAGUGUUAUUCAGCUUGGUUUAGAUGUUGCGAGGCUGAUUUUCUGAAUAAAACUGUUGAACUAUUAAUAUAGAUGAUAUUCGUGAGCUGAUGGAGAAUAUGGUUCAAGUCUUACAGUUAUUAUCAAA